GCGGGCGGGGCGCUUUUUUGCGGAAGCCGGUGGCGUCCGGUCCAGCCUCCUCUGGGACCCCGCAGCCUGCGACCCGGUGCUAAUCCGAGCGGCUCUGUCCUGACGCGGCGAGUUCUCGCACGGUGCCCGGACAGAUUGAAGCCAUGGCCAUUCUUUUUGCUGUUGUUGCCAGGGGAACCACUAUCCUUGCCAAACAUGCUUGGUGUGGAGGCAACUUCCUGGAGGUGACAGAGCAGAUUCUGGCUAAGAUACCUUCUGAAAAUAACAAACUAACGUACUCACAUGGCAAUUAUCUGUUUCAUUACAUCUGCCAAGACAGGAUUGUAUAUCUUUGUAUCACUGAUGAUGAUUUUGAGCGUUCGCGAGCCUUUAAUUUUCUGAAUGAGAUAAAGAAGAGGUUCCAGACUACAUAUGGUUCAAGAGCACAAACAGCACUCCCAUAUGCCAUGAAUAGUGAGUUCUCAAGUGUCUUGGCUGCACAGCUGAAGCAUCACUCUGAGAAUAAGGGCCUAGAUAAAGUGAUGGAGACUCAAGCCCAAGUGGAUGAACUUAAAGGAAUCAUGGUCAGAAAUAUAGAUCUGGUAGCUCAACGAGGUGAAAGAUUGGAAUUGUUAAUAGAUAAAACAGAAAAUCUUGUGGAUUCGUCUGUCACCUUCAAAACAACCAGCAGAAAUCUUGCCCGAGCCAUGUGCAUGAAGAAUCUCAAGCUCACUAUCAUCAUCAUCAUCAUAUCAGUUGUAUUCAUCUAUAUUAUUGUAUCACCUCUCUGCGGUGGAUUUACAUGGCCAAGCUGUGUGAAGAAAUAAAAAGGUUAUCAUUAACCAAGGAUAUAAGAGACCAAGGAGUUAAAAGCAAUCCAUGUAAUUCAGGCCUUUUAAUCCUGAGAGAUGGUGUCUGCCAGUCUCUUCAACCUGCUUCUUUCUCUCUUUUUUUUUGAAAUCUUGUUCCAUGCCUCCAGGUUUAUCUUUGUCCUGUCAACCUGUUUAUUUUAGUGCACUUCAGACUGAACCAUUUAUUGUAGCAGUAGCCUUAAAAAAAGCAUUUUGUUUAGUGUCAUCUACUUGCAGAAACAUUUUGUUUGUAAUUGCACAAAGCUAUCACCAAGGUAGAAACCACCUGUCUUAUGAACUGUCGGCUAAAAUUCUGGAUGACCUUUGUGCACACAAAAGUUGAAAAGACUGAUAGUAUUGCUAAUAUCUUGUCUCGAUGUCUUUUGAUUUUGAAGGGUUUUAGGUGCUUGAAAACAAUGUUCAUGGAGGAUUGUUAUUUGGGGAAUUGUAAUGCAAUUGUUGGUGUUUCAAGGAACCCAAGCAGGUAAAGUAUUGAUAUUAAACAGUUCAUCUCAGUCAGAAGGGAAAUGUUUUGCUAGCCUGUUAGAAGCACACAGAAUUACCCUUGUCUGCAUAUUACUAACUUUUAGAACGAGAGUUUUGAUCAUUCACAAACUUCGCAGAGCUUGAUAUCCUCUGUUUCCCUAUUGCAGUUGAUUUCAGAAGAUGGUGGUUUAAAUAUUGUUGAAGGCUAGGAUUUUUUGUAUAUUCCUUUUCCUUUCAUGGAUGUUUAGGGCAAUUGUAUAGAUAAUAGAAUGGGCAGUAGAGGGCGUGGGUAGGCGCAUUCCACUGAUUCACCAAAGAAAAAGAAGAGAACUACAGCCAACGUGCUAGCAUUUUCGCUAGCACAAAGGGAGAUAAAGGGAGAUAGUGUGGGAGAAAUUUUCCAGCCUGGGAAAAGCCCAAGCUGAAUAUAAUCAACAAUCAAUUCCAGGGUUUGGGUUUAACUGGUGUUGAACAAUUGUUUGAACAUCCUUUGUGGUUUUGAAAGUUAUUUAACCUGCCUAGGUUUGAAGAUUAUUUUUUGUGUAACUUGCGAGUAGACAGUAUGAUAUCUAGAAACAAUGUAAAGACAUUUUAGCUAACAUCCAUGUAACUGCAGUGUGAAAAAAAACUGGAAUGUAAUCAUACUGCUUUGGCUACUCUGGUAUCUGUUAGCUAGUGUGUACUUUUGGUGUGUAUCUGAAAAGACAUUUGCUCUGUAGAUAUAAUUGCAUUUACUUAUCAAUAAAGGCCAGUAAAUGGAAAUUAUAUUACACUUGACUAUUUUCCCAAUGAAAGAACAAAUUGGUCUAUGAAACCUAGCCACCUGUUUAGCCUAGUCAUGUGCCUUGAAUAUACAUACAUACAUAUAUAUAUAUAUAUAUAUAUAUAUAUAUAUGUAUGUCACAUAAUCUGGAUCCUGCUACCUGUUCUUCCAUCUAAACUUUUCAGUUCAUGCUAAUUCCUUUAUUUGACAUAUGUUUUCAACCCACUGGAACCCUUUUCCUUGUGAUCGUGUAUAGUGGAAAUGUUUUUUCAGUUCUUUUGAUCAACACUAAUGCCUUUUAAUUCCAUUAGCAUUUUGCAUUGGAAAGCGUUUGUUCCAUGAAAACAUUUGGUGUUCUUAAUAAUAAUUUCAAAAUGUCUUUAAUUCAACAAAAAAGACUGAAAGCUCAUUUCCCUUUCUUAUACAUACCUGAAUAAAAAUGAUGUGCAUGUUUUAGGGAUAAAUUACUUAACCAUCUCUUGGUCUAUUUAUGUAUAGGAAUGCUUUUUGAAGCACAUACCUUAUUUUAAAUGAUGCACAAACUGAAGACAUUAAUAAAAAUAUAAGAGUAAUACAAUGA